GUCAACUCAUCGCGUUCCCCAGGUGUCCGAUCAUGAGGAUCCGAUGGGGUCAAGACGUCAUGACACGCAUUCCGAUGAUGGCAGAGGCAACGAUGAUCAAUGCUGAUCACCUCAGGGAUGGAGGAGGGGAAAUUUCCAUCGCCAGGGUUUUUAUCUAUAUUCAAAGAAACUUGUAGCGAUUGUUGUUCUCAUUUUAAUAAGAAUCUACUCCGUACAAUGAAUCAAUUGACGCCCAAGACAAUUUUAUUACCAAAUUUCCAUUCUUGAGUAAUUCAGAAGGGCAACCUGAUUGCCCUUGUUUUUGACUGGGAGGGGCUGUGCAUUGUCGACUAACGAACAGAAUGCCACUUAGUUAGUUCUUGUAACCUUCUUGGUAAUCUCAACCCUAGCCGAG